AGGAGGUCAAUUUUGGCUCAAGCUGCCUUCCCGGCCGACGGCCCUGGCGCGGCGCCGCCGGGCGAAGGGGCAAGGGCAAGGGCCGCGGCUGAGCGCCGGAUGGAUGCGGGCGGCCGAGAGCUCAUUGGCACGUGGAGGAGCGAGCUCGGGGAGUACACUGUCUCUGCGAACGCGCAAGGCCACCUGGCGUACCGGGAGAACGUGAACGGCCAGAUCGGCGGUUGGCUGAGGCCCCCGCAGCCGGGCGACCCCGUCGGUUGGUGGUUGGCGCAGGUGGUGUCCGCCGACCAGCCCAGGGAAACCCUGGGCUGGUUCCGCUGCCGCCGCGAGCGCGGCCCCAGCGGGGAGUUGGGGGGGUUGUUGUCGCAGGUCCUCUUCGCUGGGGAGGAGUCCACGGGCUGGGACCAGGUGAAAGUCGUCCAGGCCUGGCCCGUCCUGCAGCAGGGGGCAGCCGCCCAUCCGACGGCGCUGCCCCACAUCGAGCGGGACCCGCCGCCGCAAAGAGGAUACCGCUCCGCCUCGUCGGUGGCAUCUGCGGCGCCGCCGCCCGGGGCCAUGGCCGCGCCGUCCACGGCACGGCCGCCUGGGCCCCCAGCGCCGUGGCCAGCGGCACCCGCAGAGCCGCGGCGAGCAGGCGGGGGGCCCAGCGACGGACAGAGCUGGACAGCGCUCCUGGGCGACGACCGCCGGCGCCGGGGCCAGCCGCCCCCGCUGGCGCAGGCCGCACCCGCCGCGGCCGCCCCGCCGCCAGGGCCGCAGCCGCUGCCCGGCGGCCUGGGCAAGGAGCACAUGGAGCAGUUGGUAGAUUUCCUGACUAGCAGGCCGGACGCGGCCAGUUUCCAGCAGAGGAAGAGCCUGCUCCGCAGCAUGGCCGCCGAGGGCAAGCCCAUCGUCAGGGAGGGCCUUGUCCUGGUGCUCCAGCGCGACGCGGUGGAGGUGUGCAUCCAGCAGGCCGAGCAGCGCCUCGCGCCUGGCGGCGGCGGCGGCCCGGGAGCCCCUGCCGAGCAGCAGCGGCCGCCGCCGCAGCCGGCCGCCUCGCCGCCGCCGCCGCAUGCCGCGCCGGCCGCGCCAGCGGCUCUUUCCGCCCAGACCGCCACCCCAGCGGCCCAGGAGGUCCCAGCGCAGGACGCCCGAAGCGGCUGGCAGCCUGGCACCGUUGGCAGACCGACGCCGCCCGCCCAGGAGGACGGCUGGCGACAGGGCAGCUGGGACGGUUGGAGGGGCAGCUCCGCCUCCAGCAGUUGGGGCCGCAGCGACGACGGCUGGCGCGGCGGUGGCAAGUGGUGGGAGGCGAAGGGCGAGCGUUGGCACGGCCCUGAGGACGCUGCCGCUGGCAAGUGGACGGGUCCCGAUGCCUGGCAGCAGGCGGGAGCCGCCAGCCAGCGUUGGGAGGCCCCGCGCGCCCCCGCCGCCUCGGCAGGCAACGGCGGCGGGCGCCCCGAGGCACGGGGCUCCGCAGGCAACGCGUGCCGCGAGCAGCCCGCGCCGCUCAGCGGCGCCGCGCGCGACGCAGUGGCCGGAUGUGCGGGGCCCACAGUGGGCGCGGACAGGGUGGUAGAGAGUCUCGUCAAGUUCAUGGAGCAGCACCCAGACAGGCCGAAGGCGCUGCAGCUCUGCCUACAGGGCGGCGACCAGACGGGCAUUCCGAGGCCGCUCGUGGACGUCGCCGUCGCCAAGGCCCUCGCGAACGCCAUGUCUCCGGCGCAGAGGCGCUUCCAGUGAGACCUUCGUGUUCGGCGCCGCGCGGAUUUUCCUGCGGGGGCGGGCCAGAAGCUUCAGAUCAUGACCCGUGCCGAGCCGGCGCCAGCCACCGUCAGUUGCCGCAGGCUAUAGCCAGAGCAAGUUUGCCACCUCCAUGGAUAGCGCGACGCGACGGACCCGGCUUUCGCAUCGAUUGCGCAUCGCCUUGUGAGUCUGCGUCUCUGACAGCAGGCAAAGAAAAGGCGCGGCGAGUCAUUCGUUGAUCGAUUGGUUGAUUGAUCUCUACCCUCAUCUUCCAGAGGCUCCCGACAUUACGUACGUCGAUUUGCUGGCUCAUGAUUCUCAU